AUGGGACUGCUUCUCCUUUCCUUGGCGCUGUGUUUGGGCACCGCUGUCCCGCAGCGUGUGAGAGCAGCAGAUGGCGAGGAACCAACUUCAGCAGGCCCAUGCCACCCAAACCCAUGCCACAACAGAGGGAAGUGUGAGGUGAGCGAGUCGUACCGCGGAGACACCUUCAUCGGGUACGUGUGCAGGUGCCAGGCGGGCUUCAGCGGAGUGCACUGCCAGCACAAUAUUAAUGAGUGUGAACGGGAGCCGUGCAAGAAUGGAGGCAUCUGCACAGACCUGGUGGCCAACUACUCGUGCGAAUGCCCUGGAGAAUACAUGGGCCACAACUGCCAGUACAAAUGCUCCGGACCACUGGGCAUGGAGGGUGGGAUCAUCUCCAACCAGCAGAUCACCGCCUCCUCCACUCACCGCGCGCUCUUCGGCUUACAGAAGUGGUACCCGUACUUCGCCCGCCUCAACAGGAAAGGCCUGGUCAACGCCUGGACGGCUGCCGAGAACGACAGAUGGCCUUGGAUCCAGAUAAAUCUGCUGCGGAGAAUGAGGGUCACCGGCCUGAUUACGCAGGGUGCCAAGCGAAUCGGCAGUCCGGAGUACAUCAAGUCUUACAAAGUAGCCUACAGUGAUGACGGCAAGACAUGGCGAACGUAUAAAGGGAAAGGCAAAAGAAACGAGGAUAUGAUUUUUAGAGGAAAUGUGGACAACAACGCUCCAUCAGCCAACUCCUUCACUCCUCCUAUUGAAGCCCAGUAUGUACGGAUUUACCCACAAGUCUGCAGGAGGCACUGCACCCUCCGCAUGGAGCUUCUGGGCUGCGAGCUGUCAGGCUGCUCCGAGCCCCUGGGGAUGAAGUCCGGCCACAUCCAGGACUACCAGGUCACAGCCUCUAGCAUCUUCAGGACGCUCAACAUGGACAUGUUCACCUGGGAGCCGGGGAAGGCCCGUCUGGACAAACAGGGCAAGGUCAAUGCCUGGACAGCCGGACGCAGUGACCAGUCUCAGUGGCUACAGGUGGAUCUGCUGGUGCCGACUAAAGUGACUGGGGUGAUCACCCAAGGAGCCAAAGACUUCGGUCACGUGCAGUUUGUGGGCUCAUACAAAGUGGCUUUCAGCAACGACGGGGAGAGGUGGAGAGUGUAUCAAGACGAGAAGCAGGGCAAAGACAAGGUGUUCCAGGGGAACUUUGACAACGACACGCACAGAAAGAACGUGAUAGACCCUCCCCUCUACGCCCGCUUCGUGCGGAUCCUGCCCUGGUCGUGGUACGGACGGAUCACUUUGCGCGCUGAGAUCCUGGGCUGUGCAGAAGAGGAGUGA